UCAACAACCCUAAUAAUAAGGCUUAUUAGCUGGGCAACUUAGGUGAGCCACAUAAAUAUUGCAGCGCGUGAGGCACUCAACGAUACGCAUUAGAUACCCACAAUGAUUUUGCUCACUCUCUCCACUGAACAUGUUCGCAAUACCGUCAUCACCAACGAGCAAGGACAAGUUAUUUACAAGACAGCCACUCCGUCCAGACUAGUUGGCACUCGCACCACGACCAUUCAGAAAAUCAGGCCAAACGAUAACCAGGAACAUAUGCGCGACCAGUUCGAUGUCUUAGGAGAGAUCGAGUGGCACACAUUUGUUUCCUCGAAGUUUCGAUCCCAUGGAACUGAAGUGAAGACGGAGGUGUUUAUACCGAAGAGAGGCCUAUGGGGUCGGAAGCGUGUCUUCACAGGACCAGAUGGCCGUCCCUAUCGCUGGGACCUCACGUCCAAAGUGGUAGUUCUCUCGCGAGACGAUAAGCCUCGGACAGAGGUCGCUCGCUUUCAUAGAGCGACUCUAGGAAUUAUAGGAAGGAAACGUAAAGCCACGUUGGAAGUAUCCCCUGAAGUGGCUCAUAUGAUGGAUACUGUCAUCAUGACGUUCAUCUAUGUGGAGCAACUCAGGAAAGACAAAGAAGAAGCCUCGAGAAGAGCCGCAGUCUCGAAUGCGAAUGCACGCUAUCAAAUGGGAUUGAGAAAUUGAAGUGUCGUGUUAUGAUUGAUACCCUUUAUGAUAACUAAGCUUACUUACCAGUAUUAAUACGAUCUGUGGGAAGAUGUUCAAAAUCUGGCCAAGUCUAGGACUCUAGGUCUGUUUUGAUCCGCACACUCCGGAGGUGUAGUGAUAUGAUUGAAUCAACAAUCAAUAUUUCAAUCAUUCCUUACGCCAGCGGUGGUG